UUCUGGCCGUCAAUAUGCGGCGCUGAGAAACGGAACCUCUGGAAAGAUGUAAGCGGCUCGCCGAGCUCGGCCUAGCCUCGUCAAGUCGUCACUACAGCCGGUACCUCUAGAACCAGCGAAGCGGGCCCUCGGCAGGGUCGUUGGAGCGGCCAAGGCAGGCUCGCUUACCGACCGAGCAGCGGGAGAAGGAGCGGAGCGUCUGGGCUCCAGCAGCCAUCUUUAGCGACACAAUGUCCGGGGCGACGCGGCGGCCCAGCUCGGUGUCCGGUACCGGAGGCCGGAGCCUGACGCCGGUCACCGGGCUGCUGCUGUUGCUGCUAGCCGGGCAGCUCGGAGGCGCCGAGGCCAAGGAGUGCGACAAGCCGUGCGUAAACGGCCAAUGCAACGCGGCGACGGGCAGCUGCGUGUGCUCCCCCGGCUGGGUCGGGGACCAGUGCCAGCACUGCGGAGGACGCUUGCGACUAACGGCACCCUCUGGCAUCCUGUCCGAUGGACCCGGGAACUACAAAUUCAAGACCAAGUGCACGUGGCUCAUCGAAGGACAGCCAAAUUCCAUCCUUCGCUUGCGCUUCAAUCACUUUGCCACAGAGUGCGGCUGGGACCACCUCUACGUCUAUGACGGAGACUCCAUAUAUGCCCCGCUGCUGGCCGCCUUCAGCGGUCUGAUCAUUCCUGAGAGCUACGGGAACGAAACGGUGCCCGAGGUGGUGUCGCAGUCCGGAUACGCUUUGCUGCACUUUUUUAGCGACGCCGCCUACAACCUGACUGGAUUCAACAUCUCAUACAGGGUGAACACAUGUCCUAACAACUGUUCCGGCAGUGGAGAGUGCCGCCUGUCCAACGACACGGGGAAGCCCUACUGUGACUGUCAGGACAAGUGGAAAGGGGAUGCCUGUGACGUUCCUUCUUGCCUGGACGACUGCGGGUACUCUGAGAGAGGACGCUGCAGGGACAAGACGUGCGUCUGCGGGGUGGGCUGGCAAGGUCCAGACUGCUCCGUCUCUGUCCCCGCCGACUCGGCCUUCUGGAGCCGCGAGGCGUUCAGCGAUCCCGGCCUCGCCAGGGCGUCCCACAAGGCGGUGGUGGAGCAGGACGUCAUGUGGGUCAUCGGAGGCUACGUCUUCAACGCCUCCGACUACCACAUGGUCAAAGCGUACAACCUAAGCAGCAAAACCUGGAUGACCCUUGACCCCUCUGUCAACACAGUCACGCCGCGAUAUGGACACUCUUUGGCCCUCCAUGAGGGUAAGAUCUACAUGUACGGAGGCAAAAUCGAUUCCACUGGAAACGUGUCCAGCCAGCUGUGGGUUUUUCACGUCCAGAACCAAACGUGGGUUCUUUUGAGCCCCCGCAGCAAGGAGCAGUACGCCGUGGUGGGACACUCAGCUCACGUGGUGCCGCCCCAGCAAGACGGGGAGGCCCCCGUGAUGCUUGUGCUGUUUGGACACUGUCCUCUCUACGGGUACAUGAGCCUGGUGCAGGAGUACAACAUCAACAAGAACACGUGGAGUGUGGCAACCACGGAGGGGGCGCUGAUCCAGGGGGGCUACGGACACAGCAGCGUGUUGGACGCGUCCACCAGAGCCAUCUACGUCCACGGAGGCUACAAGGCCUUCAGCGCAAACAAGUACGGCCUGGCGGGAGACCUCUACAAGCUGGACGUGGACACCAGGAAGUGGACCAUCCUGAGGGACAGCGGCUUCUUCCGCUACCUCCACACGGCUGUGAUGGUGAGUGGCGCCAUGCUGGUGUUUGGAGGCAACACGCACAACGACACGUCCAUGAGUCACGGCGCCAAGUGCUUCUCCUCGGACUUCCUGGCCUACAGCCUCGCGUGUGACGACUGGAUGCUGCUGCCCCGACCGGAACUUUACCACGAUGUCAACCGCUUCGGACACUCGGCGGUGGUCAGCGACAGCGUGAUGUACGUGUUCGGCGGCUUCAACAGUCUGCUCCUCGACGACGUCCUCGUGUACACGUCUCCCCGCUGCGCCGCCUUCUCUAGCCCCGCCUCCUGCAGCCAGGCGUGGCCCGGGAUCCAAUGCGUGUGGAACAGCACGCUUGCUUCCUGUCUGCCGUGGGAGGGCACCGCCGUCUCUGGUGCCGCUGCGGACCAGCAGCCGCUGCUGGCGGCGAGCUGCAACACUAGAUCCUACGCUGAUAACGAGCGCUGCGACCAGUACACCGACUGCUACAGCUGCACCGCCAACACCAACGGCUGCCAGUGGUGCUCCAUCCAGUGCGUCUUGCUGGGCAGCAACUGCACCUCGGCCUCGGGUCCCGUCGCCGACUAUGACGCCUGUCCCAGGGACAGCCCGUCGUACGUGUGCAACAAGAAGACCAGCUGCAAGAGCUGCGCCGUGGACCAGAACUGCCAGUGGGAUACACGCGACCAGGAGUGCAUCUCACUGCCAGAUAACGUUUGUGGCGAGAGCUGGCACCUGGUGGGCAACUCCUGCCUGAAGUUCAUCACGGCCAGGGACUCGUACGACAACGCCAAACUGGUUUGCCGCAACCACAACGCCGUGCUGGCGUCGCUCACCACGCAGAAGAAGGUGGACUUUGUCCUGAAGGAGCUGCAGAUCAUGAGCGUGGUGUACAAAGCCUCCGUGACCCCCUGGGUGGGCCUCCGCAAGAUCAACGUGUCCUACUGGUGCUGGGAGGACAUGUCCCCGUUCACCAACACUUCCCUCCAGUGGCUGCCAGGCGAGCCCAGUGACGCUGGUUUCUGCGGCUACCUGGCCGAGCCCGCCUCCAGUGGCCUGAAGGCGCAGACCUGCAUCAGCCCCGUCAACGGCAGCCUGUGUGAGCGGCCAGCCAACCACAGCGCCAAGCAGUGCCGGACGCCGUGCGCCAUGCGUGCCACCUGCAGCGAGUGCACCAGCAGCUCCUCGGAGUGCAUGUGGUGCAGCAACAUGAAGCAGUGCGUGGACUCCAACGCCUACGUGGCGUCCUUCCCCUUCGGCCAGUGCAUGGAGUGGUACACCAUGAACACCUGUCCACCUGAGAAUUGCUCGGGCUACAGGACGUGCGCUCAGUGUUUGGACCAGCCAGGCUGCGGCUGGUGCACGGACUCCAGCAACACGGGCAAGGGUCAGUGCAUCGAGGGCUCGUACCGCGGUCCCUUCCAGACCUCGGUCCCAGCGCCGUCCACCCUGCCCGGCCUGCCCGCCGACCCCCCGCCAGCUCUCAACGCCAGCAUGUGUCCCAGCGAGGCCCGCUACAACUGGUCCUUCAUCCACUGUCCAGCUUGUCAAUGUAACGGCCACAGCCGCUGUGUCAACGAGAGUGUGUGUGAGAAGUGCGAGGACCUCACCACGGGCCGCCACUGCGAGAGCUGCAUCUCUGGUUUCUACGGCGACCCCACUAACGGCGGAAGCUGCCAGCCGUGCAAGUGUAACGGCCACGCCAGCAUGUGCAACCCCAACAACGGGAAAUGUUUCUGCACCACCAAAGGCAUCAAAGGAGACCGCUGCCACCUGUGUGAAGUGGAGAAUCGUUACCAAGGCAACCCCCUCAAAGGCACCUGCUACUACACUCUGCUCAUCGAUUACCAGUUCACCUUCAGCCUGUCGCAGGAGGACGACCGCUACUACACCGCCAUCAACUUUGUGGCCACGCCAGAGGAGCCAAACCGAGAUUUAGAUAUGUUCAUAAAUGCGUCCAAGAACUUCAACCUGAACAUCACCUGGGCCACCAGCUUCACAGCGGGGACGCAGACUGGCGAGGAGAUCCCCAUCGUGUCGCGCAGCAACAUCAAGGAGUUCAAAGACAGCUUCUCCAACGAGAACUUCGACUUCCGGAACAGUCCCAACAUCACCUUUUUCGUCUACGUCAGCAACUUCACGUGGCCCAUCAAGAUUCAGAUCGCUUUCUCGCAGCACAGUAACUUCAUGGACCUGGUCCAGUUCUUUGUCACCUUCUUCAGUUGCUUCCUGUCACUGCUGCUGGUGGCCGCCGUCGUCUGGAAGAUCAAACAGAGCUGCUGGGCUUCACGGCGACGAGAGCAACUGCUGAGGGAGAUGCAGCAGAUGGCCAGCCGGCCUUUUGCCACCAUAAACGUUGCCUUGGAGACGGACGAGGAGCCGCCCGACCUGAUAGGAGGAAAUGUCAAGUCUGUCCCCAAGCCCAUCGCCUUGGAGCCAUGUUUUGGCAACAAAGCUGCUGUGCUCUCCAUCUUUGUACGUCUGCCGCGGGGCAGUGGGGGCAUUCCCCCCCCAGGGCAGUCGGGUCUGGCUGUGGCAAGCGCACUGGUGGACGUGUCUCAGCAGAUGUGCGUGGGCUACAAGGACAAGUCGGGAGCGCUGAGGAACCGCAAGCACCCGCCCAGCGCCCAACCCUCCACCUGCAUCUGACUCCCCCCCUCCCCUUCAGGAAGAGGUGCAUGCUGGGAGGCUGUGACUGGAAAAGUCAGGACCUUGAUGGAUGUCCUUAGAGGGAACGUUAGCCCCACCCCCCUCAAAGCGAAUGAUACACCAAGCCUGAGCCCCCCCCACCCCGAAAAGAGACAUUUAAACCGUCUUGUUGAGGCGGCGUUGCUGCUAGAAGAGAUCUCAUCUCAUCAUUUUUAUUAUUUAACUUGUUUUUUUGUCUCCUUUGCGCUUUAUGUGAACACACACCAUGCCCCGCCCCCCUGCGCCGCAUGUUGGCUACUUGAGUCCGGUUCAAGUGGCGCCACCCUCGUAACCAUGGCGAUCGUGGAGUUCCAACAGGCUCUUUGCAGGUGCAGCAUCGUUAUGGUCUUUGGUGAAGUCUCUUGGAACUAGAAGCCCUAAGACGUUUACACUGGAUUAUAUUUACGGUACGUGUGUUUUGAAACAAUGUCCUUUUCCCUCCAGCUAGCAGGCCUCAGAAGCUAGCUUGUUUCCUUGUGUUAUUAGAGUUUAGAAAAACAAAGAACACUUCGCUAUUUCAGUUGAACUUUUGAGAACAACGCGUGACUGAACAGGUUUUUUUAAUUUAAAAAAAAAGAUCUACACUAUACUUGCCGCUUGUUUUUAGCCGCAACACCCCUGAGAAGCUAGCUAGCGUCAGUAGCUAGGUUUUUGUUCCAGCUAGCUGUUUAAACCUUGGUUGUUUUCAAGUUGUCAAAUGAAAUACCUUUCUUGACUAAACAUUUGAUUUAAGGCUUUUA